AUGAUCCAUUGCCUCAUUUAUUUUGUCGUCCACCUUUCCUUAUCCAUCAUGCCGGAAUAUCUCAUCAACCGCGCGCCAUCUGGACGAGCCACUUGCCAAGGCUCCAAGGAAAAGAUAGCCAAAGGGGACAUACGCAUGUCUGUAUCCAACGAUACUGGAGAUAUGGUCAUCACCAAGCAUUGGAAGCUCGAUUAUUUCAAAAUGCCACGCAAAUUUGCCAACAUGGACGUGGAUGAUUUUGUAGAGAAUGAAGUCACCAUCAAGGAAGAAGAUGAAAUUGAAUUGGACGAAGUAUUGCGCCUGCUACGAGCUGCACCGGACAAUUUGAAGAAUAAAAAGGCUAGUCCCAAAAAGGGAGGCGAUGGAGACGACCAACCCACAUUGAUGGACAAGAUCAAGGCAGCGGCGGAAACAUCGCAAGACGAACCCAUGGCGAAAAAGGUCAAGACGGAGCUACCAGCAGAUUUUGAUCAACUUGUCGAAGAAUACAAGAAGCUAAUAGCGGACAAACCAAAGGUGGAGGCCCUCAAGGACUAUUUGCGUUGGAACAAACAAGUCAUCAAGGGAAACAAGGACUUUGUCAUCUUCAAAGUCAUUGACGGCAAGGUCCAUGGACGACUGGGCUAUUGCGCUUUGGAUGGAGGUCGUCUCAAGAUGGAAGAGGACUGCGUCACGGUCGUUUCCAUGGGCACCUUUGACGAGACGCUCAGCAUGCCGAUUCCUUCCGAUUUCAAGGCACCACGGUUGGACCCCAAGUUGCAACGUCUCAAGUGGUUCAACCAAAAGCCAAGCGAGGAAGAAGAGGAGGAAAUGGAUAAACUGUACGAAGACGCAAAGGCCAUGGGCCAAGGUGGCGCUGCGGGUGCCUCCGGUGCUUCUGGUGAAGGUGGUGAACUGCGUCAAGAAUUGUUGGACGCUGCGGAAAAUAUUGAAAAUUGGUCUCUGGCAAAGGCAGACAAGAAGACUCUAAAAGGCUACCAAGUGGCCAUCAAAGCUAUCGGUGAGGGGAAGAUUGCCUUUCCAGAGGGGAACAGGGUCAACAAUGAGAUUGGGCAACUCCUAGUACAAAACAAGAAAGCAGAUGCUUCUGCCAAGGAAGUCAUGGGAUUGGUUAUUGACAAAUUCGGUCUAGUAGAAGUCAAGGAGAAGAACGAAGCUGCCAAGGCGGAAACUAUUGCUACUAGCUGUGCUUGUCCAGAAAAUGGGAAAAUGGUUGCCGCCUUUGAGGAACUUGCGGGAUUGUACUUCAAGGAGGGCAACCGAAAUGCUGGAUCCACCUACAAGAGGGUUUCAUCAGCCUUGAAGGAUUUGGAAGUAGAAGUCACGGCCAAGAAUGCGACGUCCUUUUCCAAGGGCAAGACCAAAAUCCAAGGAAUUGGUCCUUCCAGUGCCAAGAAGAUGUUGGAAUUUGCUGAGACUGGUACCAUGGAAAAGUUGGAGGAGAAGAGGAAGUUGAGUUGA